AUGAACGCUCCAUCGGCUUUCGAGUCUUUCAUCAUUUUUGAGGGUGAGAAGAAAAUUGAGUACGAGGUUGACACGAAGGUGCCCAAUUGCGCGGUUUUUACGAUCAACAAAGAGGAUCACACGCUUGGAAACUUGCUUAAACAUCAAUUGUUGAAGGAUCCAAAUGUGUUGUUUGCUGGCUACAGAAAUCCCCAUCCAUUGGAGCACAAAUUUCACCUAAGAAUUCAAACAAACGGCGAGUGCACACCGAGCGACGCGUUGAGUUUGGCGAUCACUGAUCUCAUCUCGGAGUUAUCGCUGUUCUCGGAACGAUUUGAAGAAGCCGUCCGAGAGCGACAGGAUAAUCCGAUGGAU